GCGCAGCAUCUUUGGAGCCGGGUGAGGGCGGCGAUGGUGUCCCAGGCGGUGCAGCUGCUGCGGCAGGGCGUGUGGGCGGCGCUGACCGGCGGCUGGUACCACGACCCGGAGCACAGCACCUUCACCAACAGCUGCCACCUCUAUCUGUGGCUCUUCUUGCUGAUGCUGCCGCUGGCGCUGCACCUGGCUUUCCCACCAAAUGCAGUAACAGUUUUUAUAUACUGCAGUUCUGUGACUGUGUUCUUCACGAUAAUAAAGGUGAUCAGUUAUCGUCUGCAUGUGAUGUUUGAUAAAGGAGAAGUAAUUCAACAAAGGAUCUCAAGAAAGAAUGGAAGACAAAGUAAAGAUAAAGAGGCCACAACAGAAAAUGUAGGUCAGCACUCUACUCUUCGCAGAAACAAAAGAGAUAAUGCUAAAAUUGAAGAAUUCAGACGAAAUGAUUCAACUCCAACAAUCCGUGGCAGUUCGAGAGUACAGGCUAUACACUCGCACCACUCUUCAGGGGUUUUGGAACUGCCAGCCCGUGAAACUGUUGAGGAUCUCAAAGGAGUUAUGGUGUUAGAAGAUCAAGCUGUUCCACCAGUUACAUCUACUUCACCUGAUGUCAAAGCAGAUACAUUACCUGUUUCUACAGCCCUUAUGACAAGUUCUACCACCUCAGCGAUAGUGACAAAGCCAGUGACUGUGGAGACAUUUACUACUAAUGGAACAAAAGAAAAAGAAAAUAAAGUGCAGCCCUCCGUUCCCCAUACAUCAGAAGAUAUUCUUGUGUAUACAGAUAUGGCUAAAAAUUUGUCAAAUAUAUCUCUGUCACAAUGUGAUGGUUUAAGAAAUGGCUUUCCUCUGGAGCCAUGGGGCAGUGAAAAUUCAGUUAUUUCAGAGCAUUUAAGUAAUCCAAAAAAUAACAAGAGAGAGAAAUUGUCAGAUGGGUCAUCUUAUGAAAGCUUCAGUAACAACUGUCCACAGUGUACUGCAAUUGCAGCCAAAGAGACUGAUGAUCACAGGGAAAAUUCUUGUAACCUAGAUAACACUAAUGAGGAUCUUGAUUAUUCAGAUGGUGAAGUUGCUGUUGCUCUUGUUGACAGCUCUCAGCCUGGAGACCAACUUAGUCUACAUGAACCCAUUAAAAUAAUAAUCACUAUGAGUAGUGCUCCAAACACUGCGAAUGAUUUAGAAGGUUCUGUUCACCUGAAGGUAUUAAGCACUGAGAAAACCAGCUCAAACCCAGACUCUAGUGCAGCUACAGAAAAUCUGAACAGUCAGCAGAAUAACGAACAGCUCAAAAUUCCCAUUAUAACUUUUGAAUUUUCUGAUGGCAGUAGAGGUAAUGUUUAUCCAGAAGCCAGUGAGAGUGAAAGAACUUCAGAGCAUUUAAAGGUUGAUAUAUCAUCCAACCAGUGUUCAGGCUACGAAUCUGGUGAUCAGGACAAUGCUGGAAAGGAACAAAGCAAUCCUGCAAAUACACCCAUAGAAACUAACACUUGCUUAGGUCCAAAUCUGGAAGAUGUUUCUGAGAAUUUGCCAGUCACAGCUCUUAAUUCUAAAGAAGAUCAACUAAACCUUGAUCCAGUAUCUCGUAAAACUCCCCAUGAAAAGAGACAUGUUCGUGUGCUGAGUGUAGACAGUGGGACAGACAUUCUUUUAAGUAAGAAUUCUACAGAAAUCGUUAGUGAUAAAGAGAAGGCUUUACCAACCUCUAAAUCUGACCUAGAAGCCAAAGAAGGACAGACACCUAACGAAUCCAACUUCCUGGAAUUUGUCUCUUUACUGGAAUCCAUUAAUACCUCAAAGAUGAAGGCAUCCAAUCAAUCCAGUGUCAAAACAGAGACUAUGAAGGAUAAUGGAUCUGUUGGAGAUAGCCAGGCAACAGAGAAGAAAGAAGAAAUGAUGGAAAUGGAAAAGCACUGCGAGUAUGUUCCUAAAUGGGAAAGAUCAGAUGUACAAAGUCAAGAUCAUGCUAGGAGUAGUCCAGUGUUACCAGAAUCUGGCAAAUUUACAGCACUUUACCAGGGCAGCAGGCAAAGGCAGAUAAUCUACCGGGUAACUUCCCAGCAAGAUAGCUCUGUCUUGCAAGUUAUAAGCGGACCUGAGGCUUCCAUGCAAGAUGAGAUAUCUGUGGAUGCAAUGCAUGUUUUCAUAGAUGAGAAUGGGGAAAUUAAAUCCUGUUAUUUAAAGGCUGGCAGUCAGAAAGAAGGACAUUUUCGACAUCAGACAUCAAAUUGUGAUUGCAUUUCAAAUGCUCAAGUGAUGGCCAUUUCAGAAUUACAUGAUAGGCUUCAAAGGCCUAUGACCAUUUCCACUCAGUACUUCACCUCACAUUCAGAAAGUGAAAUACAAUUCAGCUCCUCUAGUACUACCACUUCAGAGAGUCAGGAACCAUCUUCAGGUGAUCAAGCAGCAAGUGCACUCCAGCAGCAGCUUCUACUGAUGAUGGCUCGAAGAACCCUUUCAGAAACACCCAGGCAUCUGAGUCAGGACCUCGAGGACUCUUCAUGUUCUUCAGCACAACGAAAAUUUAACAGGCAGUUUUACAAAUUUAUUGUAUUUCCUGGGAAGUGGAUUAAAGUCUGGUAUGAUCGACUAACCUUAUUGGCUUUGCUGGACCGGACUCAAGACAUUAAGGAGAAUGUGUUGGCUGUUAUUCUAGUAGUUCUUGUUUCUUUUCUUGGAUUCCUAACACUGAACCAAGGCUUUUGUAAAGAUAUUUGGGUCCUCUUGUUCUGUCUUGUUAUGGCCAGUUGCCAGUAUUCCCUUCUAAAGAGUGUUCAACCUGACCCUGCCUCACCAAUCCAUGGACACAAUCAAAUCAUAACAUACAGCAGACCUGUAUAUUUUUGUAUAUUGUGUGGCCUUAUUUUGCUGCUAGAUGGUGGAUCAAAAGAUAAAAAUCCUUCAAUAUACACAGUGUACGGCUUGCAACCCUUUUCGCCUGGAUCUCUCCGAACAGCCAGAGACCAUAUAAUAGUGUUUUUGUAUUGCUUCCCUGCAAUUUCUCUUCUUGGCCUAUUUCCUCAGAUCAACACUUUUUGUAUAUAUGUCUUGGAACAAAUAGACAUGUUGCUUUUUGGUGGUUCAGCCGCUGCUGGAUUGGUAUCUGCACUGUAUGGUAUUUCUCGAAGCUUUGCAGUUCUGGUUGUACUAUCCACUUUCUGCUUUAGUGCAGUGAAGGAACCAUGGGAUGCUCAGCACAUUCCAGCAUUGUUCUCUGCUUUCUGUGGCCUUUUAGUUGCACUUUCUUAUCACCUUAGCAGGCAAAGCAGUGAUCCAUCUGUUCUUAUGUCACUUGUUCAAUGUAAAUUUUUUCCUCACUUACUACGUCAAAAUUUGGAAGACUCAUCAAUAGAUCCACUUCCAGAGAAGAUGAGAGAAUCAGUGAAGGAAAUCUUGAAAUCAGAUCUCAUUGUCUGCGCAGUAGCUGCUGUUCUGUCAUUCGCAGUCAGUGCCAGCACAGUGUUCCUGUCAUUAAGGCCGUUCCUCAACAUAGUGCUAUUUGCAUUAGCGUGGACCGUGGGAUUUGUAACACAUUACAUACUUCCUCAGCUCCGAAAACACCAUCCUUGGCUGUGGAUUUCGCAUCCCAUACUUAAAAACAAAGAAUAUCGGCAGCGGGAAGUGAGAGAUGCUGCUCAUUUAAUGUGGUUUGAAAGACUCUAUGUAUGGCUUCAGUGUUUUGAGAAAUACAUCCUGUAUCCAGCAAUAAUAUUGAAUGGCCUCACCAUCGCUGCUUUUUCAAUUACCAAACACAAGAAAUUUGGUACACACUGUGAUAUUAUCCUGAUAACAGUUGCUGGAAUGAAGCUACUUCGGUCCUCAUUCUGUAAUCCUAUUAAUCAAUUUGUUACUUUAAGCUUCACUAUAGUUUUCUUCCACUUUGACAAUGGAGAGAGCUCAGAUGACUUCUUGCUGAAUUUCUUCAUGAUGUCCAUUGUGUUUCACAAGCUGUGGGACCUAUUGCAAAAAUUGCAGUUCAUCAUGACAUAUAUUGCUCCCUGGCAGAUUGCUUGGGGGUCUUCGUUUCACGUGUUUGCUCAGCUCUUCGCAAUACCUCACUCUGCUAUGCUUUUCUUUCAAACUCUGGGCACCGCGAUCUUUUCUGCUCCACUGAGUCCGUUUCUUGGUAGCGUCAUUUUUAUCACAUCAUAUGCCAGACCAGUCAAGUUCUGGGAGAAAAACUACAACACAAGAAGAGUGGACCAUUCCAAUACAAGACUGGCAAUCCAGAUUGAAAAGGACCCAGGAAGCGAUGACAAUAAUCUCAACUCCAUUUUUUAUGAGCAUCUGACCAGAUCUCUGCAGGAGUCUCUUUGUGGAGAUUUGAUUCUUGGCCGCUGGGGAAACUACAGCACAGGAGACUGUUUUAUUUUGACAUCAGAUUAUUUAAAUGCCUUCAUUCACUUGAUCGAAAUUGGAAAUGGCCUUGUUACUUUCCAGCUCAGAGGACUUGAAUUUCGAGGGACAUACUGCCAGCAGAGAGAAGUGGAAGCUAUAACAGAAGGAGAUGAAGACAAUGAAGGCUGCUGCUGCUGUAAGCCAGGUCACCUGCCUCACUUGCUAUCAUGCAACGCAGCCUUUAACCUCCGAUGGCUGACAUGGGAAAUAACUCGAACCCAAUAUAUCCUGGAGGGCUAUAGUAUCAUUGAUAACAAUGCUGCAACAAUGCUGCAAGUGUUUGACCUGCGAAGAAUACUCAUCAGAUAUUACAUAAAGAGCAUAAUAUACUUUACAGCUAGUUCGCCCAAAAUCUUAGACUGGAUAAAAGAUGAAUCAAUCCAGAAGAUACUACAACCCUAUGCCAAAUGGCAUUACAUUGAACGUGACCUUGCACUGUUCAACAUUAACAUCGAUGAGGAUUAUGUUCCAUGCCUUCAAGGAAUAACCAGAGCUAGCUUCUGCAGUGUUUAUCUAGACUGGAUUCAGUACUGUGCCAGAAAAAGAAUAGAGCAUCUGGACAGUGAUGAAGAUUCUCCUUUAGUAACACUUUCUUUUGCCUUAUGUAUUCUGGGGAGGCGAACUCUGGGAACAGCUGCCCACAAUAUGGCCAUCAGUUUAGAUUCCUUUCUUUAUGGCCUCCAUGCUCUAUUCAAAGGAGAUUUUCGAAUAACAGCAAAAGAUGAAUGGGUGUUUGCAGACAUGGACCUACUACAUAAGGUUGUUGCUCCUGCAAUCAGGAUGUCCUUGAAGCUACAUCAGGACCAGUUCACCUGUCCAGAUGAGUAUGAGGAUCCAGCAGUCCUGUACGAAGCAAUCCAGGCUUUUGAGGAGAAGGUUGUAAUUUGUCAUGAGGGUGACCCUGCCUGGCGCAGUGCUGUACUUUCUAACAGAGAAGAGCUGCUUACCUUGAGACACGUUGUAGAUGAAGGGACAGAUGAAUACAAAGUUAUUAUGCUCCACAAAAGUUACCUGAGCUUCAAAGUUAUCAAGGUAAACAAGGAAUGUGUCCGAGGGCUUUGGGCUGGGCAGCAACAGGAGCUGAUAUUUUUGCGCAAUCGUAACCCAGAGCGAGGCAGCAUCCAGAACAAUAAACAGGUCCUGAGGAACUUGAUUAAUUCUUCAUGUGAUCAGCCACUGGGAUAUCCAAUGUAUGUUUCCCCUUUAACCACCUCAUACCUGGGCACACACAGUCAGCUGAGGAAUAUUUGGGGUGGACCUAUCAGUUUGGACAACAUUAAAACAUGGUUCAGAUCCAAGUGGUUAAGAAUGCGAAAGGACUGCCAUGCCAGUCACAAUAGUGGAGGUAACAUUGAGGAGGUGGAUAGUGGUGGCGGAUCUUCAUCUAGCAACCAUUCAACAAGAAAUUCAAGCCAGAGUAGUAGCUCGCAGAACACAAGGAAUGAAACACCGCAAUUGCAGCCUUCUCCACAUGGUGCUUAUCAGCAUGCAGGCAGAAGAAAACCCAGGAGUCAGUCUGCUCAGAUGCAUGCUGCCUUAACCCAGCGACCGCCUGUUUCAAGUCAUUCUGAACCAAUUGUAGAAAGCUGCCAGCCUUUUAUUCGAGCUUCCACAUCUGCACAUGAAAUUGCUCAAAGGCUUUCUGGCAGUCAGCUCUCCUUCCACAAUUCUAUGACAUCUGUAUUUUCUCAACCCCCUGCCAUUCCUGCCGCUGGCCAGCUGGCUGUUCAGGAUCAAGCUGGAGCAAUGUUCAGGUCUGGUCUGACCUCCUCAACCAGCUCUACGCUCAGCCUUCUGUUCGGCAAAAGAAGUUUUUCAAGUGCUUUGGUCAUUUCUGGGCUCUCAGCUGCAGAUGGAGGUAACACCAGUGAUACCCAGUCAUCCAGCAGUGUCAAUAUUGCCAUGGGUCCAUCUGCUAGAGCAGCAAGUCAAGCAACACGGCAAUUCUCUGAGACGUGUGAAGCAAUGGAUACUACUGAAUCGAGACCCCGGAGAGAGCUAGGCCCUGCCCAUGCCAUUUUCAUGGCUCAGAACCUGGAAUGCAGGAGGGCUAGCCAGGAGGAUAUGGCCCUGGAGGACACAGCCUCUCAGCACAGCUUGUCAGAAGAGCAAUAAAGAAAACUCCUACUUAAAGGACCAUGCAUUCCUUAAAAUUCAAAUAGACAUGGCUAGGUCAGUCAGCUGCAGAUGGUUUUAUUUUUCAGAUAUAACAACAAACCUCAAAACAUUUAUUUUUCUAACUUCUGAGAGAGAAUACCAUUGGGGCAGAGGUUCUUCAGUAAAAAGUCUUGGCAGGUGGGGAUGGAAGGACCUUCAAAGAGUUUCAGGAUGUCCUAAAAUGCAGUGCCACUUCAUCUCAGGUUCUUGUAAUUAUUAGAACAACCAAUAAAAUCUGACUGCCAUUCCUUCCCCUGCAGAGGUGCUGACACUUCUGGUGGAAUUUUAUAAGUGGUCAGAAAGAAUAAUGUUUGGAGUUGGGAGUGAACACAACUGAAAAUCUUAAUGCAACUCGGUGAAAAUCCCAUAGACAUCUGUUUCCUGCCAUAACUAAAAAGAUGACUGCAUGUUAAAUAAUUGACAUUUUAUACAUAAUGUAUCACAAAGACAAAUUUUGAAUAGGAGUAAUGAAUAUGUAAUAGAACUGUACAGUGACUGUAAUAUUAGAGCUGUAUCUAAGAAUUUUUAAUAGCAAACCUAUUUUUUUCUUUUCUUUCAUGUGUUACACAGGUAGUAAUUAUGUGUAGCAACAUAUUAAUACAGUGUGCAUGCAGCCAUAUUGAAAUAAUGUAUGAAUGAGCCAGACUGCACAUUGCUAUAAGGCAGGUUUUGAAAAAAAAAAAUAUAGCCAGUGCAUGGAAAGCCUUCACAAAGCAUAUAUGGUGCUCCUUAUUUGAAAACAAAGCAGUUUUACUUAAAAGGCUGCUCUUACAUAUAAUUACGCACUCCUGUUGCAUUUACAGGAAUGCAUGCCUAUUUCUGAAGCCUAUAGCAGGUCCUUAAUGUACUGUAGAACAUAACACACAUGCUCCUCAUUUUUUUUGUAAUUAAAAAAUUUCCAGCUA